AUGGUGCAUAAGGGCCAGCCUGGAUACGACAAAUUACACCGAAUAAGACCAUUGAUAAAUCAUUUCAAUGAACGUUUUGGGUCUAUUCCUAUGUUACAUCGGCUUUGUGUUGAUGAACAAAUGUGUGCAACAAAAAUGGGAGGUAACCCUACACGUCAAUAUAUGCCAGCCAAACCACAUAAAUGGGGAACUAAGCUGUUCGUUUUAUGUGAUAGUAUGGGAUUUUCGUAUGCUUGCGAGAUUUACUCAGGUGCAGGAGAUAAUGUGGUGCCUGUAAAUGCACCAGAUCUUGGAGCAUCUUCAAAUGUCGUCGUGCGCUUGUCAAAUUAUAUUCCAGAUGACGUAAAUCAUAUUGUAUAUUUUGACAAUUUUUACACGUCAAUAGGGCUUCUUACAUACCUAAGAAGUCGAGGAAUUUAUAGUUUGGGAACAGUUCGAUCAAAUCGAGUUCCAAAUAUAAAAUUAUCCACCGAAGCGGACCUGGCGAAGCGCAAAGUUGAGCGAGGUUACUCGGAAGAAUACGUUGCUAAUGUAAACGGCAUUGAUAUUAGCAGCGUUUUGUGGAUGGACAAUAAGAGCGUUCGACUUUUAUCUACUUAUUGCGGUGUUAAACCUUUUUUAUCAAACAUGUCAAACCCAGGACCUUCCACAUCUUCACGAUGGGAUAGAAAAACGAAGCAGAAGAUCGAAAUUGACUGUCCAUUUAUUAUAAAAGAGUAUAAUCGACAUAUGGGAGGUGUCGAUCUAAUGGAUGGUCUUCUAGGUCGAUAUCACAUUCGUAUGAAAACAAGGAAAUGGACAAAUCGAAUUUUUUUUCAUCUAUUGGAUGUGGCGAUGGUAAAUGCUUAUAUCCUUUAUCAUAGGUCAAACAAGGAAGUCACCAUUGAACUUCCAAAUUUUCGAUCAGAAGUAGCUGAGACUUUGUGCAUAAUUUCAACCGAUUCCAAGAAACCUAGAGGCCGGCCAGUGUCAUCACCAAUACCACCACCUUCGAAAUCAAAAAAGUCUUACUUUCCGACUUCAGAAGUUCGAUAUGAUAAUGUUGGCCACUGGUGCAUAUUUCAGGACCGCAAUGGUAAGAAAACUUGCAAGCAACCGGGAUGUAAAUCGGAGACGCAAGCAUAUUGCACAAAAUGUAAAAUAAACCUCUGUAAUUCUACCUCAAAGUCUUGCUUUAUGACUUUUCAUCAACGUUAG